GCCAUUUGAUGCGAGUCGUUGUUAUAGUCUGACUGGUAGCCAUUGCUGUGAAAGCAAACCAGAGCAAGUCUAUUUUGAAUCGUGAAAUAUUAUGAUAUACUCGCAUCAUCCACCACCAGCUUCGUCACAGGUUGAUUCCUAAGUAGUUAUUCUUCAAAUAUUUCGAUAAAGUCAAGUGAGAUGAACGUUAGUUUUAUCCAUCCGACGUGUUUUUGUGAGGUCCGUUAAGAAGCGGCCAUAAUAAAAGAUGGUCUAACAUUCCUUGGGAUAAUUGUAUUGAAUUUCGACCGUUUCUCUUCUCUCAACUGGCCUUUCUGUGAGGUUUAAAGGUCUGUUUACUCUGGUUGUUCGUCACAAGCGAUUUAGACCUGUGGAUGCUGGUUCUCUCAAAUCGUUAGUUUCAUGUUUGACAUGAUGUAGGCAAUGCAUCCAUUCGUCAACAAGAGCUGCAUUAUGCUCCACACGUGAUUCGUUGAGCUCAUUUGUCUCGAGAAACACCGGUAGUGUUAUGCCAUCGCCUGCUAAUAAGAUGUCUGGCCCAAACUCUGCCAAUUCAACCAGCAGUUCUCAGUCAAUCACAACAGCCAAUUCUGGUGGUACUGAAAGGCUUCCUAUUACUCCGGCGCAGAUGACCACGCAAGCCAGCAUGACAGCGUCCACACCUGGAGCACCUAACAGCCAGGCUAAUGCUAGCAUGACCAGCAGCCAACAGGCUGCUCCCCCAUCUUCCUCCUUGGACCCACAAAUGGAAGUCAUUAAUGGUGUUGCUAAUCCUUCAAUCAUGCCACCUCCAGACAGACCUGGGAGACAUACGAAUCAACUGCAGUAUCUCCUGAGAAACGUCUUAAAGGCUCUGUGGCAUCAUCGUUAUUCGUGGCCAUUCCAGCAGCCUGUAGACGCCAAAAAGCUCAAUUUACCAGAUUAUUACAAAAUCAUUAAAACGCCAAUGGACAUGGGCACAGUGAAAAAGCGGCUAGAGAACAAUUUUUAUCAGAGUGCCAACGAGUGUAUCAACGACAUGAACACAAUGUUCACAAACUGUUACGUGUACAAUAAGCCGCAAGAAGACGUGGUUCACAUGGCUAAGACUCUCGAAAAAUUGUUCCUCAGCAAACUCAGUCAAAUGCCAAAGGAGGAAGUUGAACUGGACUUGCCAGCUUCGAAAAACGCUAAAAAACCAAGGUUGGCGAAACCACCUGGAUCGGCAGGCAGAGGCAGACCCAGCUCAGUCUCAUCCACCUCGGUGUCCAAUAAUGGUCCGUCUGCAGGAAUUCCCGCUAGUGCUGCUCCUCACCUUGCACCAGCUCCUGGCCACAUAGCCCCUCAAAUGACCACGCUGCCGCAUGGCCACAAUUCAAUGCCUCCACAAGUCAACAUGCAGGGGCCAGCACCUAGCUUGACAAUACCCCAGACCGCGCUGGUUCCUCCCGGCCAGGUCAAAGCUAAGAAAAGUCUGAAGAGGAAAGCCGACACCACGACUCCACCAGGCUAUGACUUGUUCAAACCUAACAGUGCUAUGCAAUUGCCAUUGGCUGCGGGACCUGAUGCAAAAUCGGCCAAAAUUGGCUUAAGAAGAGAAAGUGGUAGGCAAAUUAAAAAAGUGAUGAAAGACUUGCCCGAAACAUCCCAGGAUGGCAUGAUGCCGAUGUGUGCCACGACACUGCAGAGUGGGCAGGCCACUAAAGCAAGAGGGGGUGCGAUGUCCGAGUCCAUGAAGUUCUGCCAUGAUAUUCUUAAAGAGCUCUUUUCUAAGAAACACUCGGCUCAUGCUUGGCCGUUCUACAAACCUGUCGACGCGGAGCUCCUAGGUCUACAUGAUUAUCACACCAUCAUCAAACAACCCAUGGAUCUAGGAACAGUGAAGGCAAAGAUGGACAACCGGGAAUACAGGAGCGCAGUUGAGUUUGCUUCUGAUGUUAGACUCAUUUUCACCAACUGUUACAAGUACAAUCCUCCCGAUCAUGAUGUUGUCACGAUGGCCAAGAAACUUCAGGAAGUGUUUGAGACAAGAUUUGCUAAAAUUCCUGAUGACAUACCUGUAGCGCCAGUCCACGUAGAAGAACCUGUCAGUGAAGGAAACUCCUCAGGUUCCUCUGACAGUGAUGAUGAUAGUGAUGACUCGGUUGACCACGAACGUGCACAGAAGAUCAGCCUUCUUGAGAACCAGCUGAAAUUAAUGCAGGAAGAAAUAAAACACCUUAGCAAGAAACGCAGAAAGGAGAAAAAGAAGAAGAAUAUUCUCUCUGCUGGCCCUAGUAAACCUAAAAUUGAUGACAAAGCCAAAAGUGGUGCUCAUCACUAUGAGCUUCCUCCUGACGUCAAGCAGCCUGCUGGUGCUUUCAGCACUUCAACACCUAAGCCUAAGGCUAAGGGUAAAGCUGGACGAGGUGCUGGAGGUGUACCUCCAACUGCAGUGCCUGGUGUUCCUGGGGCUCUCCCAGCCAAACCUCGUGGCAAACCGGGUCCUAAACCUGGCCCCCGGAAGAAGAAUGCAGCAGCAGCAAUACCUCCUCCCAGUGCUGCGCCAUUUGUCGAAUCGGAAGAUGAGGACCACGCAAAACCAAUGUCCUACGAUGAAAAACGACAAUUAAGUUUAGAUAUAAACAAGUUACCAGGUGACAAACUGGGCAAAGUGGUCCACAUCAUCCAGUCUAGAGAACCAUCUCUGAGGGAUUCAAACCCUGAUGAGAUAGAAAUUGAUUUUGAAACUCUGAAGCCAUCAACGCUUCGGGAACUGGAAUCUUAUGUCGCUUCUUGCUUGAAAAAGAAAGUCCGAAAGCCAUAUUCAAUGACUGGGCGCAGGGCAAAUACAGCGGGAGGCAAAGGAAGGGCAUCCACUGACGAUAAGAAAACAGUACCAAAGUCGAAAGAUGAGCAGAUGCAAGAGAAGAAACAAGAAUUGGAAAAAAGACUGCAAGAUGUGUCAGGCCAGCUGGGAAGCGCGAAAAAGGCGCCUAAGAAAGAUGGCAAGGGCAUAGAAGUGGGUGUUGGUGGUCAGCAUGGACAACCCAUGAGCCAAUUGUCUGCUUCGUCAUCAAGCAGUUCUGACUCGGACUCAUCAAGCUCCAGUGCCUCGUCAAGUUCUUCAGAUUCCUCGGAAAGCGACGCAGAGAGCAGCCUAAAGCCUCGUAAGAAGAAGGCCAAGAAAGGCCAUGGAAAUGCAGCUACCACAGCACCAAGUCAGGCUGCUCCAAUAGUGCCGGCACCUGUAAUCUCAGCCACGACUCCUGCGGCGGCCGCCUCAAUGGUACCGCCCAACCUCACUAAGCCCGAAACGAACCACAUGGGCUACAUGCAAGGAAUGUCCGCCAGUAAAAAGCCCCCACCGGUUGUGACACACACCACCCUCCCUCAGCAGCCAGCCAGGCCAACUUCAAUGGCCACGGCCGCCCCAGUUCGGAAGCACUCUGCUUCCCAACAAAUUCCUCAACAGCAGCCUCCUCAUGUGGCAAAUAACAUGAUGCCACAGCUCCCUCAGCAGCAGUUGCCUGUACAGCAGCCAUUGAUUCCGGCCCCGCUGCCGCAACAACAGUUGCCGCAGCCGAUGCCACCUCAAAACCAGUUCAAACCACUUGCAAAUCUACCUCCCAAUUUGGAUGCCCUUGACCCACUUGCCGUCCUGUCUGAAGCUCCCACGCAUCCAAUGUCGUCUGCCAAUCACAUACCUGACAUUGACAUGAAACCUCUGCUUGGUGUUCCUGCCAUGGACCCUACCAUGAGCAUGUUGUCGCUUAAGCCUGAUUCGCCACCCACCAAUGGAACUCUGAGCUAUCGUGAUCAACUUCGUAUGGAUGUGCUCAGUCCUCCGACUUAUUCUGACGAAGAAUCGACUGUAAAAAGAGACCCGCUGGAUGAUACCAAUCACUGGCUGAUGAACAACAGCUCAGGAGAGAAAGCGUCAAAACCAUCAUCUGCAUCAAACUUUUCUCAAGCAUUUACCACAAAGUCUGCGGCAUCUUCAACGGUUAAAAACGCCAUGUCAUGGUCAUCUAUAAUUGCAAAUGCGGGCUCCAGCACAACCGGUGCGUCAGGCUCAAUGUCUUCGGUAGCAGGUUCUACCAAAGGUCCCUCGCCUCCGCUUGCCGCCAUGCUGAACUCAAUAAACUCAUCCUCAUCACCAAAGGCAACACCUGUCAACAACCUCCAACAAAAUUUCCUAAAGUUCAAAAACAAACACCAAGACCAAAACGCUAGAAAGCAGAUGCAAGAAAUGCGCAAACAGCAAAGCGAAUAUUUGAAAAAGGAACAACAACGUGUGGAAACUGAGAGGCGAAGGGAGAAAGAGGAUUUUGAUAAUCUCGAGAAAAUAAGAAAAGCCAUGGUAACCCCUGCAUCGAAGCCAAUUGACAACAAGCAGAAUAUGCGCAAACAUUUGGCAACUCCUGGAGGAUCAGCUAGUGCCUCACCACUGUCAAACGUUAACAACGAGCCUGCGAAGAAUCCAGAGGAGAGAAUUUUGGAUACAGCAACCAUUCAAAAUUUGAAAGAGAUCUCCAUGCGCAAGCGACAGGAGCUUGCAGGCAAGAUAGACCUGAACGCACAAAGUGAUAUAUUGGCAGCUUUUGAAGAGACUCUAAACUAGGACAUCUGAUUUCAAAAUCACGUAAACCGAUUAAUUUGCAUCAGCAUUUUGUAUGAUAACACUACAUAGCAGUAAAACAUUAAAUUGUAUAAAAACCUGCUAGAAUUAAGAUGUAAUUUUAAAUCAUGCAGAUUCACAAAACUGUAACAUAAUGCUAAUAUGUAUAAAUUUGGUGGUUUAACUUUUACCCAACUUUCUCUGGUGCAAAGGAAAAGCAGACAUUCUAAAAAGCAUGUAGAUACGACAAAUAUCUAAAAAAUAACACUUCUUUUGUGCGGAAGAAGCGUGUGACCCGACUGUACAGCACACAUGAUAAGGUGAUAUUUCUUGAAUAUUAUUAUUGAACAUUGAACACUAGCUCUUUUUGUAUGAGUUGAGUUAGCAGAGUUUGUAAUAAUUAUUGUUAUGGUUGUAAAUACAACUUUAGUGUUUACUGAUCCUUACAUGAAAGCAUAAGUAAAACAUGCGAAACUUAACAAAGCGCUGAUUAUUUCAUUCAAAAUAUGUUGUUUGAUGUAUUUUACCACUCCUUUGGCAUUAAUGGUUGCAUAAAGACUGCAAUCCGUCAUUUUAAUUUAUACUGCUAGAUAGGAGAAAAAAGGCACUUGCAUGGUGGCCAGUUUGCACAUGCAGUGUUGUUCAGGCAUUUGUUCCUGUUGAAUUCACGAUUAAAUUUGGUGAAAGCCAUUCGAGCAAAUUCACUUGCGUGUUUUCUUUGUAAUUGCUACAUUUCAUUGUUGAUGGUCAUCACUGUCCACAAGCGACUUGUAAGGCCUAACCACCUCAACCACAGAAGGACUUAAUUAACUCAUUGGCAUCCAGAAAGUCCAAUUCUGCUCAUUAAGCACUACUUGCAUCAAGUAUUCAGAACAUAUAUUGUAGCGAUUUAAAAAGUAUUAGGAGAAAAAAGCUUAGGUAGUUAACCUAUUGUUUUCCGAUGCAAAUAUUGUAAAAUAUUUAUCUCACAUUAAUGAAAGGUAUGAAUUUUCCUCAAGAGCUGAAUUUUAGGAUUGUUCUGUGUCGUUUAUCUUGUAAAUAAAUUUUAAUGAAAAUAUGGAACUUGAAUAAAUUGUAUGAUUUACGCGGAAUUAGAUUUGAGCUUGAGAUUUGUGUUCGUAUUAUGAUGAUAAAUUACUCCUGAGGUUUGAGAAACAUCCUUAAAAAAUAAAAUUUGUAUGAUUAGUUCCUGCAUGGAAAGCAAAUAUACAAGGCAAUAUAAUUGUGUUGAAUGGGCAUGUUAAUAUCUUCUGUCGUUAUUCAUACUAAGGUUAAAAAGUGAUGUACCAAACAUUUGUAAAUGUCUGCAACUAUAAUUUACUCGUGCAAUGUUCAAAUCAAUACAAAUAAAACUGCUAAACCAAACUAAAAACUGUGCAUCAGAAGUUAGUGCGAAUAAAUUUUUACCAUUAAAAUACCCA